CGAAUGUUAUUGUAUGGUAUGAUGAGCAAAAGUGUUUAUAUAGCACAUCACAGUUAUCAUCACCAAUAUUAAUUCAUAGUCCGAAUGGUCAAAGUCGACUGAAUAUCAAAUCAUUGGCUAAUCAAUGGUCAACGAAUGAUAUUCAAAAUUAUAUUGCUGGUGAAGCAGAAGAAUAUCCAUAUGAUGCGGUGCGCAUUCUUGAAACACUUUUAAAGAAAUCACUUCAAGGUCAAAUUCAAGUAGUCAAUAACAAUUGUUAUUUCUUGGACGAGGUAGCGAAACCUGUGGGUGGUGGACUUUAUGAACGAUUAGGUUUUGUUCAAUCACUGAAUCUUUCAUCGCGUCGUAUAACACUUAGCAUUCAAACGAAAUUAACAACAUUCUAUCCUGAAAUGUCUCUUCUGGACUUCGUUCAUACACAUAUUGGUGGUAAACGAAUACCAAGUGAAUAUGAAUGCAAAAAAUUAAGCCGAAUAUUAAAAAAUUGUUCGAUUGUUACACAGCAAUCAAAUUGGAAACAAGUUUUUGAAAUCGAUCAAUUUGAUAAGCGCCGACCAAAUGAAAUCACAAUUGAAUCUGGUGCAACAUUAAUCGAAUAUUUCAAAAAUGAAAAAAAUAUUCAACUAAAGCAAACAAAUUAUCCAUGUGUUCAAGUGUAUCUUCCGAAUGAAUAUGACAAACCCUGUCAUUUACCUUUGGAAGUUUGUCGUAUUCAACCGUGGCAAGUCUAUGAUAAACCAUUAUCGAAAGCACAGGAAGCUCAACAACCACGAAAAUAUAUUCCAAAACCGUAUGAACGGUAUAAUGCCAUUAUGAAUAUGCUGCGAAAAUGCGAUUACAAUUCGCGAUCAAAUCGACUCUGUCGCGAAGUUGGUUUCAAGAUUGACGAUAAUCAAAUGCUCAGUUUAAAUGCUCGAGUUUUGACUCAACCACAGAUUGAAACAGGUCCUAAUUCAAGAGCAAAUGUUCGUAUUGGUCGUAUUCCUCUUGAUGGACAUUUAUUUACACCGAAACCAUUGCUAACUUUGGCUAUUACAUACUUCGGCAAUGAUAUUGAACGAGAAAAAGAUUUAAUGAGNCUCUGUCGCGAAGUUGGUUUCCAGAUUGACGAUAAUCAAAUGCUCAGUUUAAAUGCUCGAGUUUUGACUCAACCACAGAUUGAAACAGGUCCUAAUUCAAGAGCAAAUGUUCGUAUUGGUCGUAUUCCUCUUGAUGGACAUUUAUUUACACCGAAACCAUUGCUAACUUUGGCUAUUACAUACUUCGGCAAUGAUAUUGAACGAGAAAAAGAUUUAAUGAGAGCAUUUACUGACACAUUAUUACAGGUAAUGAAGAAUCAUCAUGUAAAUGUGAACUAUCAAAAACAUACUGUAUCUCCCACCAUUGAUCACAUAACUGCUUAUUUUCAUUCGAUGAAUGAAAGAAAAUGUCAAUUUGUUCUUUGCGUCAUGAGUGGAAGGUCAGAAGAGGAUCUUAAACAACUUAAAGCUGACAUUAAAGAUUGUGGAACAAUUAAAUAUGGUAUUAUGACUCAAUGUGCUUUACUUUCAAAAAUUGCAAAUAAUCGUUCAUUAACCGGUUAUUGUGAAAAUUUAAUUCGAAAAAUCAAUUUCAAAAAUUCUGGAAUUAAUACAAAAGUUAAUUUAAAUCAAGCACUAAAAAACAAAAAAUCCACAACUAAUUCUUAUAUGUUUUUCGGCGCAGAUGUAAUUCAUCCAACAAAUGUAACCCGUCAACAUCCAUCUAUUGCAGCUGUGGUAGGUUCAUGUGAUUCAUUAUGUUCAACAACAGCUGUACGUGUUUGUCAACAGUUUCCCAAAGAAGGAAAAUGUUCGAUUGAAACGAUUAUUGGCAUGACGGAAAUGGUCGAGGAGUUGUUAGAUAAUUAUUGUCAAGUGAAUAAAAUCUUACCAAAUAAAAUUGUUUUCUAUCGAGAUGGAGUUGACGAUGGUCAAUUCGGUAAAGUUAUUGCUCAUGAAAUUCCUGCCAUUAUUAAAGCUUUUAAUCGCAUUUAUGGUGAUCAAGCCAAUCAUCCAAAAUUAACUUUUAUUGUGAUUGACGAUAAUCAAAUGCUCAGUUUAAAUGCUCGAGUUUUGACUCAACCACAGAUUGAAACAGGUCCUAAUUCAAGAGCAAAUGUUCGUAUUGGUCGUAUUCCUCUUGAUGGACAUUUAUUUACACCGAAACCAUUGCUAACUUUGGCUAUUACAUACUUCGGCAAUGAUAUUGAACGAGAAAAAGAUUUAAUGAGGGCAUUUACUGACACAUUAUUACAGGUGAUGAAGAAUUAUCAUGUAAAUGUGAACUAUCAAAAACACACUGUAUCGCCCACGAUUGAUCAAAUAACUGCUUAUUUUCAUUCGAUGAAUGAAAGAAAAUGCCAAUUUGUUCUUUGCGUCAUGAGUGGAAGAUCAGAAGAGGAUCUUAAACAACUUAAAGCUGACAUUAAAGAUUGUGGAACAAUUAAAUAUGGUAUCAUGACCCAAUGUGCUUUACUUUCAAAAAUUGCAAAUAAUCGUUCAUUAACCGGUUAUUGUGAAAAUUUAAUUCGAAAAAUCAAUUUUAAAAAUUCUGGAAUUAAUACAAAAGUUAAUUUAAAUCAAGCAUUAAAAAACAAAAAAUCCACAACUGAUUCUUAUAUGUUUUUCGGCGCAGAUGUUAUUCAUCCAACAAAUGUAACCCGUCAACAUCCGUCUAUUGCAGUUGUGGUUGGUUCAUGUGAUUCAUUAUGUUCAACAACAGCUGUACGUGUUUGUCAACAGUUUCCAAAAGAAGGAAAAUGUUCGAUUGAAACGAUUAUCGGCAUGACGGAUAUGGUCGAGGAGUUGUUAGAUAAUUAUUGUCAAGUGAAUAAAAUCUUACCAAAUAAAAUUGUUUUCUAUCGAGAUGGAGUUGAUGAUGGUCAAUUCGGUAAAGUUAUUGCUCAUGAAAUUCCUGCCAUUAUUGAAGCUUUUAAUCGCAUUUAUGGUGAUCAAGCCAAUCAUCCAAAAUUAACUUUUAUUGUGGUAAAAAAACGUCAUAAUACACGAUUUUUUAAUCGAAAUCCAUCGACCAAGGAUGUGUAUAAUAUGAGUAUUGGGACAGUCAUUGAUACAACUAUCGUGCAUCCGUAUCAAAAUAACUUUUAUCUUAACUCUCAUAAUGCAUUCCAAGGUGUUAAUCAUCCAUCACUUUAUCAUGUAUUAUUGGAUGAAAUAGGUUUUACUGCAGAUGAAUUACCAUUAUUAACGUAUCAUUUAUGUUUUACGGAUCCUCGAUCAUCAGCUGCUGAAGCUAUUCCAUCGGUCGUACAUCAAGCCGAUAUAGCAGCGUUGAAAGCACGAGAUUUAUUUUAUGAUGAUGAACGCUCAUCAGCAACAAGUGUUGGUGGACGAAGUCAACCGUUACGAGAUCCACAACUAAGUGAUUUAGAUUUUAAAAUUCUUGAGGUACAUGAAAAUCUUAAAAAUCGACCAGUAUUUGGCUAA